GAGGCUAAACAUUGCAUAUCCUGGUCUGAGGAGAGCAGACUGCAGCUGGAGCUAUGCUUCCCAUCUCUUGGCUGUGUUCUUGCUUCCUUGAAACACAGAUCCUUGUAUACUUAUUGCUCUUUGGACUAGCCGCUAUUGCCAUCCAUACAUGGAUGAGAAACAAACAUGUUGUGUUGGAUCCACGGGGAAGAGCGGUGCUCAUAACAGGCUGCGAUUCUGGCUUUGGAAACCAGCUGGCACAUCGUCUACUUGAUAUGGGCUUCACAGUCUUUGCUACCUGCCUGUUUCCAGAUGGAGAAGGAGCUCAAUCCCUGAUAACUCAUGCAUCCCCCGGGCAGGUGAAAGUCAUCAGGCUGGAUGUAACCAGUGAUAAGGAGGUGGAACAGGUGAAACAGUACGUGCUGGAUAACCUCCCUGAUAAAGGGCUGUGGGGACUAGUGAACAAUUCUGGUAUAUCCGGGUGGGGAAUGGUGGAAUGGCUAACAAUAGAGAAAUACCAGAGAGUCCUUGAUGUCAACCUGCUGGGAGGCAUAAGGACCACCUUGGCUUUUGCUCCACUCGUCAGAAAAAGCAAAGGUCGUAUGGUGUUUUUAUCAAGCAUGAGUGCAUAUGUAAGCUUUGUGAAUGGCAUCUAUUCACUGACUAAAGCUGCGCUGGAGAAGUUCUGCGAUUCCCUUCGUCUAGAAAUGAAGUGGUUUGGCGUGAAGGUGUGUAUUAUUGAACCUGGGAAUUUUGCUCCGGCCACAAACAUCCAUCCACAAGCGAAUCCAGUAAAAGUCUGGGAUUCUCUUCCUGCAGAGGCAAAGAAGAUCUACAGUAAGGAGCUCAUUGAAGAUGCAACAAACUCUCUAAAUAAGUCACUUGUUGGCGGCAGCAAAAACAGCUAUGAAGUUGUGGACGCCAUUGUAGACGCUCUAACAUCACCUACUCCAAAAGCUCGUUAUCUCGUUACUAAUUUUGUAGAAAAAGGUCUUGUUUUCUUAUAUUUAUGGCUUCCAACACUUCUGUUUGACCAAAUUAUAUCAUUGCCAACAAGAAAAUAUCGGUACAGGUCCCAUAAUGAUUAAUGUCUUGACAAUGAUGACGAUUGCAGGGGAUGUAACUGAAGGGAAGGUGGAGGGAACACUAGAAUUAAAAGGGUUUUCCUGGAAUUCUUCAUAUAUGGCCCCCAACAUCUAUGACCUAAUGAAAGACUGAUUUUACCUGCUUCCUUCCACUCUGGCAAAUUUAGAAUUUCAGAUCAAAGUCUCUGUUUCCUUGGCCUUAAACUUUACAUUGUUCUGCUUUCCUGUAGUAUUUAGUGCUGAUCUGGUAGGGGUAUUGAUGUUAGUUUUUCAGGGUAAUAAUUGUAGGAGACUCAAAAGUGAUGACCUCUUCUGAGUACCAGAAGUUCCCACAGCACUGUGCAUUUCUACAUAGUGGCAUUGAAAUAUACUGGGCUGAAGCGAAAUUAGAUUUAUGGCUGUAGACACAGAUUAUCUGGUGCACUGCACACCCAUCAAACAGGCCACAGUCACAUAUACAUUUAAAGGGGUUGUCCAAGAAUUACACUUUGAUGACCUAUUCUUAGGUUACGUCAUCAAUAUCUGAUUGGUGGAGGUUCCAACUCCCACUGACACUACCGAUCAGCUGUUUGUAGCGUUCACCUGAGCCACUUCCGCAGUUAGAGACAUCAUGUUCAUUGGUGACAUCACCUUUGUGUGGGAUUCAGCUGCAAUACCAAUGCAGUGUAUGGCGCUGUGGUUGGUAUAUGAGGAAGCCACAGUGCUCGCCUCGCACUCUUCAAACAACUGAUUGGCAGGGCUGAUGCCCACCAAUCAGAUAUUAAUGACCUAUCCUUUUAUCACUUCAAUCAUCAACUGUUGCUUCACCUGUAGUAUACCACGGCCUGAUUCAGAACCUCACUCAGGCGCCACAAUUAUCCACUCAGUCGUAUUAGUCCUAUUCAAAAGGUUAUUCGUAAGGAAUAAAUAAUACUCACUCUUUUGAA